AACUUUCAGGAAGGUUGCUGCUGAUUACAUCAGUGUGGUAUUUUGGUGCGCAUUAAAGGUGAGAAGAGCCGUAAUAUUGAAGAGACGAAAACAGCGUUAUACUUUGUGGAGGUGAACAUUACUUUCAGCUUUGUUAGCAAAAGGUAUUGUGAUUCUGACUGCAAAGCAAGGGAAGAAUAAAACAAUGCUGGUGGCGAGGCUGGCAUGUCUGCGCGUUUUACCGGCAGCAGGGCUUCGCUCAGCUCUUACCCACACGACUAAUACGCUGAGGACUCCAAGCCUGAAGCCAAGUCAAUCCUUCCUCCAGCCCUGCAAGGAAUAUGCCACCAAAGCUCGAUUUGGGUUCCGGCGCAGCAAGUCUGCAAAAGAGCAACUCAAAGAGGCAGCCUUUGAGCCUGCAACAGAAACUGCAGUUAAAAUCGAUAACAUGGGGAGAAUAAUUCUUGCUGGUGGAGCAGCUGUAGGCCUCGGAGCCUUGUGUUAUUAUGGGCUUGGAAUGUCAAAUGAAAUUGGUGCCAUUGAAAAAGCAGUUAUUUGGCCUCAGUAUGUUAAGGACAGAAUCCAGUCCACAUACAUGUACCUUGCUGGAAGUGUGGGAAUCACAGCAUUGUCUGCUGUAGCUGUUAGCAGAACUCCUGCACUGUUGGGUCUGAUGAUGAAGGGCUCUUGGCUGGCUAUGGGUGCAACCUUUGCAGCCAUGAUAGGUGCAGGGAUUUUAGUUAGAUCAAUAUCCUAUGAGCAGAGCCCAGUCCCCAAGCACCUUGCCUGGACAUUGUAUGCCGGUGUAAUGGGUGCAGUGGUGGCUCCUCUGACUCUCCUGGGAGGGCCGUUGAUAAUGCGAGCAGCCUGGUACACAGCAGGCAUCGUUGGAGGGCUGUCCACCGUUGCCAUGUGUGCCCCCAGUGAGAAGUUCCUCAACAUGGGAGGCCCCCUGGCAGUGGGCUUUGGCGUGGUUUUCGCCUCGUCACUGGGUUCAAUGUUCUUACCCCCUUCUUCAGCAUUUGGGGCGGGUCUAUACUCAGUGGCUGUUUAUGGUGGUCUGAUUCUGUUUAGUAUGUUCCUGCUGUAUGAUACACAGAAAGUUAUCAAACGUGCUGAAACCUACCCUGUAUAUGGAGUUCAGAAAUAUGAUCCCAUUAAUUCAUGCUUGGGAAUAUACAUGGACACUAUAAAUAUCUUCAUCAGAAUGGUGAUGAUUCUGGCUGGUGGUGGAGGCAACCGAAGGAAAUAAGAGUCUUUCAUCCCUCUCCUAUUUUUUGUGCUCUGUUUUUCAAAAUAUGCUAAAGGCUGCAAAAACAGCACUGGAAGUACACAUGGUUCAAAGACACCUUCUAAUAAAUGUGGUGAACAUAUGUGUUAGCAUAAAAUAAUUUUCAUUUUUAAGGGAAUCAUUUAUUUUCCAUGUGAUGUGAUUGCAAUACGAUCAUCAGACUUGAAGGCACCCCUUUACUAUUGCCCUGGAGCCACGUGGAAAGAAUACUGACUACUUGUGAUGAGAUGACCUCAGCAAUCUAAACCCUAGAAAUGUUCAUUUAAACGAUUACCCGAGUUACUUUGAUUUUGCAGGUUUUAAAGAGGUCUGUACCUCAGUAAGCCUUAAUUGUUAUGAAUAUCAGUAUUUCUGGCUAUUUUUAUCCAUUUAAGUCAAACUCAAAUCCAUUUAAGUUUUUACCAGAUAUUCGGACAGUGUUCAUUCCAGCAAUAGUCCUAGCUUAUUGUGCAGUCCUAAAAUAAAAUUGCUUGUGAAAAACAUAAACUUCAAAAUAUUGUGAGUUGGCAUGUCAAAAUAUUUUGAUACGAUUAUGAAGCUGUGGUUGAAAUAAAGAAAUGCAUUGACAGAA